AUGCUAACAUCAUCCAAGUUAUUUAGUAGUCAAUCAUAAUUAGAAUGUAUCAAAUUUAGAUUUAAUUUAGAAUGUUUAAUGAAUAUUUCUACCAAAAUUUUACAUGACUCUACUAUUGAAUCAAAUAGAGAUUCAAAAAAUAUCAUCUUUAGCAGAAUAAAAGAAAUCACUCUUGAAGCAUUUUCUAAAUAAUUUACUGAUGAGAUUCAUCAUUUAUAAGCAGAAUUAAGAAACGAAUAAGCAUUAAAUGAUUAAAUUAGAAGAGAAUUUUAAGAAAGAGAAUAAAGAAUUUUACAAGAUUUUGAUUCUAAACAAAGAGAAUUUUAAUUAUAAUAAAUUAGAGAAAUUCAGAAUCUUCAAGAUUUACUUGAAGUUUAAGAAUCAUAAUUUUAAGUAUUCUUUUUAAACAAUUAUAUUAGAAAUAUCAAUCAUAAAUUGAAAAACUCAAUAAAUAAAUUAAAGACAUGUAAAAUAAAGAAUUAUUUUUACAAAAUGAAAACAUCAGAAUUAAAGAAAAUUUUUAACAUAGUGAUCAAAGAAAUAAAACCUUAUGUUCAGAUUUAAAUGAAUAAAGAUAGAAAAAUGAAUCCUUAAAUUUAUUAAAUCAAUAAUUAGAUAGAUAAAAUAGAGAUUUUAAAAUAGAUUUCGAAAAAAUUCUUAAAGAACUUUCAGAAUUGAAAAAAAAAUCCUCAUAAUAAAUUGAUGUAAAUGUUGAAUUAGAUAAAGAACUAGAAAUGCUAAAAAAUGAUAAUGAAAGACUUAAGUGUAAAAAAUUGCAAGAUUAAUAAAAAUCAAAGGAGCUAUUAGAUCAAUUAAAAGAAAAGAGCAAUAAUAAAAUUAAUGAUUUAAAAAAUAAAUUAAAUUAAGCUAAAAAUAUACAACUAUAUUAAUAAUAAUAAUUGGAAGAAUUUUAAGAAUUAAUGAAGGAAUCAGAAAAUUAAUUAAAUUAAUUAUAAUUAAAUCAUAAAUAAUCAAUCAAAUAGUUAGAAUAAUAAUAUAAAACAUAAUUUUAAGAAAUGGAUAUAUAAUUUAUGAAAGAAAAGUAAAACAUAGAAGAAAAUCUAUAAACUCAAUUUGAAUUUAAACUUUUAAAUAAAGAGAAAAUCAUAUAAGAUUUGAAUAAAGAACUAAAAUAAUUUAAAGAUAAGCUCUAUUAAUAUAGUUUAGAAUUUGAUAGUUUGUAAAGAUAAUGUCAAUACUUUUAGUAAUAAGUUUAAUAAUAGUCUGAAGAGAUUUAAUAAUUAAAUUUACAUUCUGAAGAACUUGAAAAAUGUAAUAGAGAAUUAGACCUAGAGUUAUCUAAAAAAGAUUCAAAAUUAAAAAAUUUAAUAUUAGAAAUUGAUGAUAUUAAGAAUUUUUCUGAAUAAACUAUAAAUACUCUAAAACUUAAUUAAAACUUAUUAAAUGAAAUCGAAAAGGAAAAAUAAUAAUAUUAAAAAUUAAUUUAAUAAAUUUCUGAGGCAUUAGAAAUAGAAACUUAAGGAAGUUUUUCAUAUUAAAAAUUAGGCUAGAAACUUGAUAUAAAAUUGAAAUAAUUAAAAGAUGAUUUAAAUAAAACCUAAGAAGAAUUAAUAAAAAUUAAUUAGUAAUAUAACUUAGAAGUUUAGGAAAAAUAAGAAAAAUUGCUAUUAUAAUAAGAUAAUUUCAAUUAGGAAAAUAACAAAAUUUAGAAAAUACUUUAAGAAUAAUAAUUAGAAAACAGAAAAUAGAAAAAUGAAUUUAAAUAAAAGCUGGAUGAGUAAAAUAGAAUUAUAAUUGAAUUGUAAAAAGAUUAAAUUGAAUGUAACAAUUAAUUAGAGUUUUUAUAAAUUUAAAAUUAAUAAUUAGCUCAAGAUUUAGAGAAAAUUAAUGAUCAAUUUAUUACAGCAAAACAAGAGUACAAUGAAUUAUUAAAUCAAGAAAAAAAUAAUUCUGAAGAUUAACAAUAAUUAAUAAAUUAAAUCAUAAAUGAAAAAAGUCAAUUGUAAUUAUAAUUAGAAGAGGCACUUUUUAAAUAAAAAACAUGCAAAUAAAGAAUUUAUCGUGUUUUAAAUAGAUAAAGAGAAUUAAUGAAUAUACAAAAUUUUGAAAUAAAAAAUAUGCUUUUAAAAAAAUUAAAAUAACUCGAAAGUGAAUGUAAAAUAAUAUUACAAAGUUUAUAUAAAGAGCAAUUGAUUAUGACAGAGAAUAAGAUUGAAAUGAUUGAAGCAGAGAAAUAGUAUGAAAUAGAAUAAAUGAAUUACGAAGUCUAAUAAAAAAUAGAAAAUAUGAAAAAUCAAUUUAAAUAAUCUGAAUUUUUAAUUUAAGAGGAAUGUCAAUUAAGGUUAAAAUAGAAAUAAUAAUAAUUUGAGUAACUUGUUAUGUCAAAAACUAAUGAUGUAGAAUUACAAAACUAAAUUUAAUUGUUGAAUUAAGAAAAUGAAGAAUUAUAGAGACAAUUGAUAAGAUAAGAAUAAUUAUUGAUGGAACAAAAAUAAAAUUAUGAAUUAGAGUUAUUUAAUCUCAAUAAAUUAAUUAAAGAAUAAUAAGAGGAAUUGUACAAAUUUAUAAUUAAUUUAGAGUAUCAUAAUAAUAGUUUUCAGAAUACACUAUGAAUAGAGAAAGGUAAUAUUUUGAAUAAAGAUAUCAGGAUCUUAAAUAGAGACAAGAUAAGAAAAUGGAAUAAAUUUAAUAAGAUUAUCAAUUUUAAAUUAAUCAAUUAGAGAACAUUGUUUAAUUACCAUAGCCAUAAAAAUCUCCAUUAAAAGUAACUCACAAAUCUCCAUUUCAAAAAUAAUCAACUUUAACAAGUAUUAUAUAGAUAUCAUUUAGCUAAUAAACAAUUAAAUUAUAGUUAACCUAUUAUAAGCACUGGAAUCCAUACUCCAAAUAAGCGAAUCUCAUAAAUAGAUAAUACAGAUAAAACAAUCGAGGAUUUAAGAUUAGAAAUUUAAUAGCAAAAAGAUAAAUUAAAUAAAAUGAAAUUAUAAUUUACUGAGAGUUAAAAAAAACCUUAUAGAAGAGCUUGA